AUGAAGAAGCCAAAGCACAUGCCUAUAAAAUCACAGUUGCGCCCAAAGAAGACCCCAGUUGUAGAGCUAGCGCUAUACAUCAUAUUCUAUACAGUUAGGUUUAUACUAUACUCUGUAUUCCGUGGAAUAGGCACCGAUGCCAAGAUGUCCCUGGAUAUGACAGUGUUGAUUACAAGCAGUAUUAUUGUAGGCUAUAUAUUUUCACAGUUCCUGUUGUUUUUUGUGAUUUGGAGCCUUCUAACAGAAAAUAUGUACGGAUAUUGCCUAUCUGUAGUCAUGAUGCUACACAAUUUCUUGAUCACGGGCAUUGUCAUAGUACAACACUGGAACAACCAAUGCAUUGCGGUCAAGUACUGGCUUUCCGGCAUUCUUAUUUCUGCAAGCUAUAUUGUAGAAGUGUGUGUUUCUACAUUCUUAUUUACAAAAGAUGGGCCGAGAGUACCGGAAAUAUAUUUCAAAAGAUAG